AUGGAUUCCAAUAAUAUGGAUACAUCGGAAGACGGAAUCUCGACAGCAAGGCCGCUUCGAGAUACAAAAGCAAGGCAAGACUUGAAGGAAAGGCAGCAAGCGAAGCUGAAUGAAAAACGAGAGCAAUUAAAAGAACUCGAAAAUGUCCAAGAGGGCGAUCUCUCGCCUUCUCAAAUGAAGAAGAUCACUAAUCUUCGGAGGGAGCUUGGUAUCGAUGCGACUAGCAAGUCAGUGGAUCCCCAGAGUAAACCCCAGUACCCAGGAUCCACCUCGGGCGACAACGAGGACAGAAACAGCGGAAACUCUCCCCAAACUCCAGCCAGUGGCGAUUCACCUUCAUCAAAGAACGAAAGACCGGGUUUUUAUUCUGGCAGCCCGUCAACCCAGACGGCUGUAAAAACAUCACCCGACAUGUCUCACGAGGGCGGUGUUGCCAUAGCAUAUUGUCGAUGCAAAUCCUUCAAAGAUAAUUCCCGGAUAAUUUACUGUUUCGGACCACCCGAUCAUUCAAAACACGAGUUUGGACCAUCAAAAGCGCACACAGAAGAUGAGAUUAAGUGUCUUCCCCUAAUAUCUGGGAAACACGAAACGAUCUGGGACAUCCAAGAAAAAGGCCGGUGGCUGUAUGGCUUCACCAAUAUUAAGAGAAUAGUCAAUGUUGUGACUCUGGCACCAAAUCUCCACCGAAAGUGGAAGCCACGGAUGACGAAAAAGGGCAAAGCCAUUCAUGUAUUUCCUACUAUGCUCUUGGGAAUUCUGUGGGAUCACAUAGAUCCGGAUCACAAAAUAUUACUUAAAGAUGGGCAAAGCUGGAAUUUCAGGGGAAAAUUGAUGCAAAGACUCAAGAAAAGAGAAAAAAUUAUUCUGGAUAACUGGAUUCGUGACGCGGCGAAACACCAGGACCUAUCGUACCAAGCCUGGCUAAGCGAAAAUGGUGUAACCAAUCGAGUUAGGCCUCCUACUUUCUUCCCAGGUGACGAUUGGACCAAUGCCCCUGUACAGCCAACGAAGACUAAAUCUCGAACGAAGUCCAAUUCGAAGAGCUCUGAUUUGGACAGCCUGGGAAAUGGACCCCCAAGAGAGGAGAACCAUGGCAAGAAAAGGCCAAGGGCAAAUUCCGGAGCGAAUUCGGGCCGCACGAAAAAGCUUCGCCCUGGUUCAGCAUCAACGGAAAAGUCAACUGAGAGAUCCAUAGAUUACAGGUCGUAUCUCUUUACCAACAUGAUGCAUUUCGGGCUCACCGACGAAAAGCGCGAGAAAGAUCCCGAGGAAUAUAGGCAAAUUCUGGGUAAUAUCGAGCAAGACUGGACCAACUACCGACAGAAUAUGAUCAACCGCGGUUUCACGGUAGCCCCCGGAGGAGAGAAACCUGAAGCUUAG